GCAAGAAAGAUACAGUUUUCAUAUCUUCUCGCUGCCCAUGAUACAAAAAAAAAUCCAGUUAAUGAGGAAAUUCCCACUAAGUCCAUGAAAGAUUCAAAGGAUUGUUUAAGGAGAAUGCAGAUAUUUCUCUAAACUUUCAUAAAAGAUUCAAAGGAUUGUUUCAGAGCACGUCUCACAUUUGGAUAUGGCUGCCAAGAUACAAAAUGCGUGUGUGAAGAUAACAAUCCAUUCUUCAUAUAUGGCUCAGUUUCUGCUUUCCUCUCUCUACUCUAUCCAUCACUAUUUCUCAAACCCUAAAGAAGAAAAUUUUCAAUUUUUCGUUCAUGGAUUGUUUCAGGAAUCUCCCGGAAGAGAUCACACUAGAAAUUUUGACUCGCUUACCCUCUCAUCAUCCAUUAUUCUCCAAGAUGCAUUUACAUCGUCUCAAUCAUCCUUCUGCUGAUGAUGAUUCUGGUAAGUUGGGUUUUCUUGUUUUAAUUUAUCAGAAUGGUGCGAAUGAAAAUUUUCACUAUAUUGAAUACGAUGAGAACCAUGAGUCAACACCCACUCUGAGAAUUACAAGGAUUAAUUUAACCCCUCCGUUUGAGGAUACCACUGUAAUGGGUUCUUGUAAUGGGUUGAUCUGUCUUGCUGAAGGGCUAUCUGUUUGUAUUUGUAACCCCAUCGUCAGGGAAUAUGUUAUGCUUCCAGAAAUUAGCAGAGAUUCUUGUGAUGAUGUUGAACGGUAUUAUGAUGGGAAGUGCAGCUUUGGCUAUGUUUCUUCAACCAAUGAAUACAAAGUAGUAGGAAUGUAUGAGUCGAAGACCAGUGUAGAAGUCCACAUAUACACUCUAGGCUCUGGAAAUGGAUGGAGAAACCUUGGAAAGUUCACUUUUAAGUUUGAUAUCUAUACUUGGCAUGUAGCUGGUAUCUUUGUCAAUGGAGCACUUUAUUGGCUGUCUGACAAACUAGAAAAGAUCAUCGUCUUUGAUUUGGUUGAGGAGAAGUUCUCUGAACAUCUUUCACCACCUCCUUUGCCAGAGAGUGACUGGUGGUAUGAUAGAAUAGGGGUUUUGGAUGGAUUUUUGUUUCUUGCUAUUUGUCCACAUAACGGAGGAGACGGAUUUAGUGACAUAUGGCUACUAAAAGACAAGAAUAAUAGUCGUGACAUGAAAGAGCGAGAUGAACGGCAGUGAUUGGGUUGGAGUAAAGAGUUUCGGGUUGACGUUAGAGACUUAUUAGCCAUUACGAAGAGCGACUGUGUUUUAAGUUACAGGGAUUAUUGUCUCCACAGUUACCACAGAAAAACCUCAACCUUGAUAAGGCUUAUGCAGUUUAAGGAUUGGUGAUGCGAACCCUGACGACUACAUAUACUAAAUUAUUAACUGGUAACCUUCAUUGAGUUUUCGAAGUAGUAUUCUUAUUUCUAUAGACUUAGUAAGUAUCAUUUUGAAAAUGAGUCACGAGUAACCAUCCUGUGUGAGUAUCAUUUUGAAAAUGAAUCACGAGUAACCAUUCUGUGAACCUAAUGCUUUUGGCACUGUCUUAGCUUGUUAUAUAUUAUACGGAACUUUUAUUCUGUCUUUAUUCAUAGAUCCAAGUUUACAGUGGUGUU